AUAAGGGUACAGUGGGGUCUUGGAAAUUCGGUGCUCUUCGGCAGCACACGCAGCACCGGACUUAUAAUCGCAGACCCGAAACGUGAAAGCAUCAGUGUCAUUGGCGACUGAGACAAUCGAUUCGGUCAUUGCAGACGUGGCAAAAGAAGGCGGCUGCCCCAAGGUGACUAAGCGGGCCAGCACUUCAGCGUCCGCGCCUCCUGGAACAUGCUGCUUCUCUGGAUUUCUCUCCUCCUACUGUGGCAUCCCGGUUCGAGCGAGCACACGUUCCCGUUCUUCGGCUCAGUGACAGUCAUGCCGGCACUGAAGACGCUGGUGCCGACGGGAACCCCACUGAUCGGCUCCAAUAUCGGCGUUGCAAUACCCUUCGAGGUCGUUGUGCCAGACCCGGGAAAGCUGAUGGUCAACAUGCGCUCACUGGAGCCCGGACACGACCGAUGGGCGCUGUAUCGGGGCCUCUCGUGGUUGAUGCGUCGUUUCGGACUGGACGGCGAGGCAUGCGUCAAGAGGUCGCUGUGCGAAGUCGCCUCCAUGCCCAGGAUUCCAGGCCUGCUGGGAGACGUUGUAGAAGCGCUAUUCACGAUACCCAAGGACCAUCACAACCUCUCAGUUCUGGACGAUUACUACAAGGCGUCCAAGCGGGGUCGUACUCUUGGAGAGUGUGACGUCGGCUACUCCCAGUGUCCCGUCUCUCUAUACGAACUGCCAAACUACGCACACGUUCGGUGGCUCUGAUCCUUAUAGUUCACUAGGACAAAUUGCUUUGUUUCGUUUUGAUGGCUGGCAUAUGCUAGCCAAACGUUUGGUGUUUGUGCUGUGAUUUUCUUAUAUUUUACAGGAUUUUAGGUUCGUAACCUAGUACUGUCAGUGUGGGUGUCUGUCUCCGUUGCAUUUUCUGAAACAAGCUUUGCUGCUCAUUAACGCAGCUUACGACAAGCACUCUUCACGGGGCACCACUAAGCUUCCCGAA